AGGCUCCGUCCCUAACCCCCUAACCCAAUGGACGUGCUUGACUCUCGUGGCAAAAGGGUUACCUUUACUGUUAGUCGAGGGACCCUAGCUCGGGGCCAACAGCAGUGAGCCGUUUGGGGGGAUAUAAGCACCACCUCAAGAGCUCGGGCAGGCUCUUCCUAAGUCUCCCGUGCUACCUCAAGUCCCUUAAACCGGCACAUUGGAACCCAAAGACAACCUGGAAGACAGCGGCACAACCGUCCAUCAUGGGUAACAAGAUGGGUGACAGGCUGUACUUUGAGGCAGACAUGCCCUGUCUUAGCUGGCAAGCCGCCCAGCCAGAUGACCUGUCCUCCCAGUUCGACAGGGCCCUAGAGGCGUAUCUGGCCACGCAAUGCAAUGUGAGGCCCAUGGGUCCAGCUCAAGAAUAUUCCAGCCCUACAUUCUCCCCGCUCACUGGGCGAGAUGAGCUCCUGGAGAUGGCGCUUCAAGAGCCGGACCCCCUCUCACUCGCGGAACCACACGUCAGUCGUUACACAGACGACCUCACUCCCAGCGGCCAGGUCCCGCCGUUAGAACCGCUCCGCAGCGCUCUCAACACAGACCCCAUCAACGGCAGUGGCAGCAAGCCCGGCCAGGAAAUUACCCACGCCGCCCAGCAGGCACCCGCCGUUCCCGCCACCGCAGGCCAUUCGCACAAUGGAGCCACCACCGCCACCACAGGCGCGAGACUCCCAGACGGACCAAGCCAGCUCGCGCUCUCCCGCGAACGCAGCCACUCCUGGCCGGCUUCCCACACGCGUCCUCUCCCCGGCGCCCUCGACGCAGGAGUCUACUCCCGUCUGCGCCAGCUCAGCGUGGUCCUUCCGUCCAUCACGUCUUCCGGGAGUUCCGCCACGGCCAACACCAACAACACCAACAACACCAACAACAACAACAACAACAACCGUAGUGACGGCAGCGGCAACGGCUUGGGUUUCGCCCUCCGCGCGCUAGCCAGCGUCGCAGGCGGUCCCACCAACACCACCAGCGCCGCGUACACGGCUGCUCCUCCCACCACCGACAGCCGCUACCCCUUCACCGAGCGCGGUGGCGGCGGCCAGCAGCGUAACAACAGCAGCAACCGCUUCCAGCCUCCUCAGGGAACGAUGAUCCCACCGCCGCUGCGCGGCUUUGCUGCUGCUGUCCCCGGAGCUGCUGAGAUGACCACGACGACACCCUGGGGCCCCUCCUCCGGCCACUGGGGCGGAAUUGGACCACCGCCCAGCUAUGGACUCCCGGCUGUGCCCACAGCUGCUCCCGCCGCCCCGCCAACGGCGACGACACCCUGGCACAACUGCAGUCGGCGGCGGCGGGGCUCGAUCGCACCACCCCCGGGUUUCCCCGGCCCGCCUCACCCCGUGUCCGUGCCGAUGAUGAUGCUGAUGGAAGAAGAUGCGCGGCGCGCAGCCACAGCCACAGCCAGAGCCACCGUCACAGGCCAGAUUCAGCAGCAGCCUCAGCAGCAGCAGCAGCAGCCUCAGCAGCCUCAGCAGCAGCAGCAGCAAGCGGCGGCGGCAUCAUGCGAUGUUCUGGAGUCCUCCUCCUCUCCGCUGGUUUCCAAGUUUGACUUUGACUCGGACUCGGACGACGACAAUUCGGAGGAUUCCGAUUUCGACAGAGAUUCCGAGUUUUCGUUUUCUGACUUGGGUUUCUCGAUCGAGCUGUGAUUCUUUCUUUCCAAAGGAUGGUCAGUGUACUGAAUAAGAGAGGCUAAGAGAGGGCCUUAGAUGGUCGGUUUUAAGAUGGAUUCCAAUAGGGCAGUUCCAAAUACCAGGGUGCUUGGGUAGGGUAAGGUGGGAGGGAUGACUUACGGAGUACUUGGAGUUUGCUUUGGUUUGCUUUUGACCUGUAUGUUAAGGAAGAGGAGGUCCCCUUGCACAGAUUGUCAAACCGGAAAAGAAAUGAUCAGAUCCAUUUAUUCAGAGAUGAGAUACCAAGGAAACAGGACCAGGUGUGUCCCUCACUGUUGAUGUAGAGUCGUGGAUACCGGCUUCAACACCCACUGCUUGCACAUGCAGCAGCAUCUCUCUUACCCCCACGGUCCGACUUGACAAACGAGAUCAACG